CUCCCUCUAUAUCCUCUGCCUUCACCUUGUGUUGAUCAAAUGGAAUCCUCCAACAGUAGUACUAGUGUGAGUUUGAAGCUCCUGGUUGACACAAAGAAUCGGAGAGUUCUCUUUGCUGAAGCGAGCAAGGAGGUUGUCGAUUUUCUGUUCACUCUCCUGUCUUUGCCUAUUAGCACUAUCAUUAGGCUCCUCACCAAGAAUGGCAUGGUGGGUUGCUUGGGCAAGCUCUACGAGAGCGUAGAAGAACUAAAUGACGCAUACUUGCAGCCCAAUCUCAACAAGGACUCCCUGCUGAAACCACAGUCAACAGUUGCCGGAGCUAAUAUUCUUCACUUGACCUACAAUGACUCUACUGCUAAGAAGUUCUAUGUCUGCGAUUAUUGCAAUCGCUAUAUUUCCAAUAGAUCUGGGGUUAUGUGUCAGAAUGGGAACUGCAUAUGUUACAACCGAAGCAUAACCACCGAGGUAACUUACGUUGCUCCACCGGAAGCAGCUGGUGUUGCGUCCAGCGAGGAAGGAUAUGUUAAGGGUGUUGCUACAUACAUGAUAAUGGAUAAUUUGGAAGUGAAGCCUAUGUCUACUAUAUCAAGCAUAACUGUGCUUAACAAGUUCAAUAUUAGGGAUGUUGGUGCCCUGGAAGAGAAGGUGGUCAGUCUUGGCAUGGAAGAGGGCUUGAAACUUCUGAAAGCAUCUUUGGAGUGCAAUGCGGUUCUCACCAACGUGUUUCUCGGUAGCAAGGCAUGAUGUUACUAUCGCCCCUUUCGGAAUGCUGGAUGCAAGGAGU